GAAGCCCUAAAAUUUGACUAUCUUAAUUUAAGACCACCCUCGCCGUCGCAUCUCGCGAACACUAAUCAGAGAGAUACCGAUCCCAAUACAACCUGCGCUGUCUGUGCAGAGCGAGAAAUGGCGACUCUAGCUCCUAAACACUUGUUCUCUACAUCGUCAUUUUCUUCCCCUUCCUUACCUUCAACUUCAACGAAGCAUCUCUCUUUCCCAUUUUCUUCAGUUCCCAACAAGGCUGUUCAUUCACGUGGUAUUCGGAUUUCCGGUUCCAUCUCUAAUCCAAGCGGACCGAGCCCCAAAUCGGCACGCGUAUCUUCCGUGGCUGUCCCCACCACCACCGUUGAGUCGGAAACUUUUGCUUCCCGAUUUGCCCCCGACGAGCCCAGGAAAGGCGCUGAUAUACUCGUCGAAGCUCUUGAGCGCCAAGGCGUUACAGAUGUCUUCGCCUACCCCGGCGGCGCUUCCCUGGAGAUCCAUCAAGCGCUCACACGCUCCAAUAUCAUCCGUAACGUCCUUCCACGCCACGAGCAAGGCGGCGUUUUCGCUGCUGAGGGCUACGCGCGUUCCUCUGGCCUUCCCGGCGUCUGCAUCGCCACAUCCGGCCCCGGUGCCACCAAUCUGGUCAGUGGUCUUGCCGAUGCGCUGCUUGAUAGUGUACCUCUGGUCGCCAUAACAGGGCAGGUCCCUCGGAGGAUGAUCGGUACUGAUGCGUUCCAGGAGACGCCCAUUGUUGAGGUAACAAGAUCGAUCACGAAGCAUAAUUAUCUUGUUCUUGAUGUAGACGAUAUUCCUAGGAUUGUGAAUGAGGCGUUCUUCUUAGCUACUUCGGGGAGACCAGGUCCGAUAUUAAUCGACGUGCCAAAAGAUAUACAGCAACAGCUUGCGAUUCCUAAUUGGGACCAACCGGUUAAGCUGCCCGGCUACACGGCGAGGCUUCCCAAGUCGCCGGAUUGGAAUCUGUUGGAUCAGAUUGUGAGGUUGAUAUUGGACUCCAAGAAGCCGGUUCUGUAUGUUGGCGGUGGUUGUAUGAACUCAAGCGAGGAAUUGAGGCGAUUUGUGGAACUUACUGGAAUCCCUGUUGCAAGUACUUUGAUGGGUCUAGGAGUAUAUCCCAUUGCUGAUGAAUAUUCCCUCCAGAUGCUUGGAAUGCAUGGAACAGUGUACGCUAAUUAUGCCAUUGAUAAAAGUGAUCUGUUGCUCGCAUUUGGGGUAAGGUUUGAUGAUCGUGUUACAGGAAAGCUUGAAGCCUUCGCUAGUCGAGCUAAAAUAGUUCACAUUGACAUUGAUUCAGCUGAGAUUGGGAAAAACAAGCAGCCCCAUGUGUCGGUUUGUGCAGAUUUGAAGCUGGCUCUGAAGGCCAUUAAUCAGAUUCUAGAGAGCAAAGGAAUCAAGGAUAAAGUUGAUUUUCAAGCCUGGAGAGAAGAGUUAAGCGAGCAAAAACUCAAA